UCAACUAGUUCUUGGUCGUCUUCUGCUUGAGGAGGACUCGCCUCGAACGCGCUUCCUGCGGCCAGCAACCUCCAGCCUCUCAUCCACUACCGACGGCGCCCCUCCACCGCCCGCCAGGAUGGAGACGAAGUGGCUGUGGAAGAUGACUUCGACGGAGGAGUAUUACGAGCCGUUCACCGUCAGUUACCAGCUCACCCUCGUCACGCGCGAACCUCUGCUUCAGGAACAGCUUGUCCGCACCCUUCUUCACCUCCACAGAAAAGUGCCUCUCCUGAGGGCGUGUUACGGCGAGCGAGAUGGAGAGACUUGGCUCAGGGAGAUGCAGGAUGAGAUAAUAGACUUCGAGAUGGUCCCAGAUGCCAAAUCGAACGAGCUACAUCACAAACUCCACCAAUACGAGUUUAACAGAGAGAGAGGUCCCCUGUGGUGCGUCAAGCUUCGCCCUGAGCCACAUUCUUCACCCGAUGGCGUCUUCAGGGAGGGCGUGUCAGGCUAUCCUCACAUGUAUACGCUGUUUCUGGGUGUCAAUCAUGCCAACACUGAUGGCACUUCCAACGCCAUGAUUUGCGGCUUCCUCGUUCAGCUUCUCGAUGACGUGUUGGCCGGGAAGCACAUCGAUGACGAGGAACAGCUCGGGGUUUUCAUACCGGACGAAAAGACGAAAUCAUUAAUAAAAGAACAAGAAGCUGUUUUAGAAACAGAUCCUGAACUAAAGGACAGGUUGCUGAAAGACUACCAGGCUCUCAAGGAAAGGCGCUCGUACAUCAACUCAGUCUUCAAGGGAGUCGGAGAGAAAGAAGGAAGGUCAGUCAUACUGACACAGAACUGGGACGCAGAAACUACCGCCGCCUUCAUCAAGCGUUGCCGAGCCGAGGGCGUCACCGUCAACUCCGCUUACACAGCCAUCGCCAGCCUUGCGAUGGUGGACCUCCUAGUGGACGGGGGCUUUGCUAAGGACUCGUACAGCAUCCGCAGCGCCCACGUCCUUAACGCCCGUCGCUACUGGGAGGAGGACACAUCGAAGUACCUUGGCUGUCACCUCCUGCCGUUCAUGAUAGCGGUGGUGAAGACGCCGCGGGACGCAGGGGAAGGCAUUUGGAACUACGCCAGGUCCGUGCACGAGGAACUCCAGCGGAAAAUCAGAAGCGGGACGCCUUUGAAAGAGGAGGUGGUGAAGGAGCUCGUGCCCAAGCAUCCUGACUUCGAUCCCUGGUUUGAGUUCGAGUUCUGCGUCACCAAUAUGGGCGACGUGACGAAGAAGGUGACGGAGGGCGGUGACCACGUGCAGGCCGUCCACAUCCUCAGAACAGCGGCCGUCCACGGCGUCCCUUCUCCGUCCAUACAUUUCAUGCAUACUUUCCGUGGCUGUCUCACGAAUGCCCUUGUCUACAACACGUCGUUUCUCACUUCACAAAUGGCGGAAAAGUUUUCUGAAAGGAUUCUGCAUCAUCUUCACGCAUCACUUUAAAAUAUAUGUGUAAUUUUGUGGUGACAGGUAAAAGAUAGACGUAGAUUCGCAAACGGGUUAAUGAAAAGAUACAUAUAAUCGUGAGUGCGUGUUUAUCUAUAUAUGUAUCUGUCCAUACAUCUGUCUCUACGUAUAAUCAUCACUCGCAAGAAUUAGAACGUGUGAUGUUGAAGUGAACCCUUAUAAUUUGGAGCAUAUCUUGUACGAAUGAAAGGACCCACGAGACGCUAUUUCGGUACCCCGGUUGUUGAGACCUUCAUAAAAGCUGGGGAAAUUAUUGAUAUAUUGCUAUUGGUUUUACCCCUUUUUACGUAUAGCAAUUAUUGUAUUACUUUUUUUUUAUUCUAGUUUUCUUUUACUCUGGGGCAAGCAAGCACACAUAACCUAUUCAUUUUAUAGUUUAAAGAUUUCUCAGUUCAACAUUAACCCAAAACUCAUUAAGAAUAAGUUCAUGUAAACAAAAUCAAGCGGACUUAACAGUGGGAAGGGGGAGAUACCGCCAUCUAUUGACAUAACUAUAAUAUUGACCUUUUUUGACCCGAGAUUUGCCUUAUUUGCUUGCUUGCUAAAGGUGUUUACCUCUGUUGUGUAGACCCGGCAUUGGAGUAAAGAGAUUUUAUUAUUAUUAUUAUCAUUGAAUAUAUAUAUAUAUAUAUAUAUAUAUAUAUAUAUAUAUAUAUAUAUAUAUAUAUUGUAGUUUGGUUGUAAGGAUAAGUUCUAAGGCGGUAAGAUAGAAUAAUUUUGCUCCACUUCCCUUACAAUUAGAUGGGUUCAUCUUUGCAGAUUUAAGUAAUGCUCCUUCUACGUUUUCCUUUAUAUUUUAACUUUGCGUUUUGAGACGAUUUUCUGAUUUUGGAUUGUUUCUUUCUUUAGACUUUUAAAAGUGUUUUAAAGUGAUUUUUAUCAUAGUGAACUUUUAAACUUUUCGGGUUCUUUUUAUGUAUCUGUUUUAUUAUAUCCCAAGAUGUUCCUAAUAGAUGUAAAAUAAAAGUUUACACAAUGUACACUCCCUCAGUAAAAAACAGAAAGUAACUGAGAUAAGAUCAAGAUAUAUGUCUUGCUUAAACAAUAAAUUAAAGUGAAAUUAAAA